AAUGAACGCAUCUUUCCUUGUCGCUUCUGAUUGGCUGCUCCCCGGAAGUAAACAUCAUGUGACCUCGCAAAUCAGCUGAUCCUCCGUAGACAUCUUUACGAGUCACGACUGCGGCGAUUAAUUCAAACCUCCUCCUCUGUGAUUCUGCGGCCCGAGUGGACCUUUGACAACUGCAGCCAUGGCGCUCAGCGAUGCCGAUGUACAGAAACAGAUCAAGCACAUGAUGGCCUUCAUUGAGCAGGAGGCCAACGAGAAGGCAGAAGAAAUUGAUGCAAAGGCGGAGGAAGAGUUCAACAUUGAGAAAGGCCGUCUGGUCCAAACUCAGAGGCUGAAGAUAAUGGAGUACUACGAGAAGAAAGAGAAGCAGAUCGAGCAGCAGAAGAAAAUUCAAAUGUCCAACCUGAUGAACCAGGCUCGACUGAAAGUACUGAAGGCACGUGAUGACAUGAUCUCGGAAAUGCUGAACGAAGCCCGCCAACGGCUCUCUAACAUUGCCAAAGACCAGGCCAGGUAUCCAGGUCUGCUGGAUGGACUGAUGUUACAGGGUUUCUAUCAGCUUCUGGAGCCUAAAGUAACCGUUCGCUGCCGUAAACAGGACUUGCAGUUGGUACAGGCGUCCAUCCAAAGGAAUAUUCCCAUAUAUAAAGCCGCCGUGAAGAACAACCUGGAGGUCCGCAUCGACCAGGACAACUUCCUCUCCCCUGACAUCUCUGGAGGGGUUGAGAUCUAUAACGGUGAUGGUAAGAUCAAAGUGUCCAACACCUUGGAGAGCAGACUGGACCUCAUGGCUCAGCAGAUGAUGCCUGAAAUCCGAGUGGCUCUCUUUGGUGCCAACCCAAACCGCAAAUUCAUGGACUGAGUAGCUCCGCUGUGUUAGAGAAGAAAGAAAAAACGCUCCUUUUUAUUUUUUAUGUUGUCACAUGAAAAAAAAAAAGUCAUUCCUCUUGUCUGUGAAGCGAAAAUUUCCAAUGCAAAAGAGACGCGUUGUUGUUGUGUGAUGUAUUGCUGUAUUUUUCUGUGCAUUAAGGGAAGUGAUAGACGCUGCAACAUUACAGCUGUGUGAUGGCUGGUUUACUCUGCUGCUCCUCCCUCUCCCCCCUCGAGGGUCUUGGUUUACACUGAUUAGUCAGGGACGACGGGAUCGGGUGAUUGGCUGGAUGUUUAACAGGUUGUUCUCUAAUUGGAUCAGUCUUCAUGACAAACACAGCAUCUGUGUUACAGUUUUCCCAGUUUCACUAACCUCUACCCCACAUUAUAAGUUGCAUGGGGCAUUGUGUUGCUAAUGGGUGUCUGCUCCAACCAAUCACAGAGAAAAAAAUAGUAUCCUAGAAACAAAACUGAAGACCAUACACAACCUUACAGAGUUAAUUUAUUGAUGUUACAUCGACUGUAUGAUGAUAUCAUUCCAGAGGAUGCACUGUAUGUAUAUGAGGUUUCCAGAUUAAAUUAUAUGUAUGUGUAUGUUAUUUUUUGUUUGUUUUAUUUCUCUUUUUUUCUUUUUUUUUUGAUUGUGUCUCCAAACUGAAAAUGUUAUAUUGUGGAAAUGUAAAACAUAAUAAAAUAUAAAUCAUUAGUA